UUUAGUAGAGAUGGGGUUUCACCAUUUUGGCCAGAAUGGGAAGGUAGAAUUUUUAAGGUGAAUUCUAUCUGAUUGCUUAAAAUUUUAGCUUUCAACUGGAGGUUGCACUAAGAGGAAUUUUUUUCUUUCUCCACAACUGUCUGCUUCUUAAAUUUCAAAUAAAGUUUUUCAAAAUAGAAGUGUGACAAACCUUACUCAACAUUUAAUAAUUGGAAGCUAUUAUUUAUUAGAGUAAAGUACACGUUAUCAGUGAAUUAGAAAUUCAUUACUUUAAAAAUACUUGUUGUUUUGCAAAACUAGAUCAGUGAUUUUCGUAUUAGAAUGUUUGUUUUUUUUUUAAGUGGGCAUCACAUUUAUUUCAGUUAAAAACGCUGAAAGUAAUACAUCCUUUACUUCAUCUGUCAUGGUGAAUGUUGAUAAUGAUAAAAUCGUAGUUCUCUAAGCACUUUGCCAUCACUAAAUACCUUAGUAAAACAUGUGAUAGACCGAGGGUCUGGUCACUAGCCACAAAAAGGCUGUCAUAGCAGAAUAUAAUAGGGAAGGAACAUUUUAUGCCUGAAUAAGAAUGGUGUAUUUGCUUGAGAUAGUAAUAACCUCUGAGAAGCUGAUUAAUUGGUAAUCACUUAAGUUAGAUGAUUUUAUAUUGUUUGAUGUCUUAUAAUCUAAAUGUCCCUGUGCUCUUUUAGAGUGUCUGCCUUGACCAAUCAGCAUUUCAGGAGGGAUUAUGACUAUCAGUUAAGUAUUUUGAAGAGAGAACCCCUGCUUUGUGUCACACCUGAAUGUAACAGAACAUACUUCUUGGGGCUGUUUAAUUUGGGCUCAAAGGGAAGAGUGCCAUCUACUGAAUGGCCAGCAUCAAGUUGAGCAGCUCCUGUUUUCCUUACAGAACUCUCAGCCAGUUCCUGGAGAAACCAGGCCCAGCUUCAUUUGGAGGAUUUGACAGGAUCUUAAUACCAAGUGGAAUUGUUGCCUGCUUAAUUUUAAUUAUGCUUCCCAGCAGGAGGCCUAAACACAUGAUGAUGAACUAAUUCAGUACUUGUUGGAAUGCAUGGGAAAAGAGAAACCUUAAGAAGUUGUUGGGUCUUAUAUUAAAAACAGCCGCGUAGUGGUGAAAUUAAGUGGUAAAGAAAAUUAUUUUAAUGAGAGAAGUCUUUCAAUAGCAGGUCUGGUUGGUUAUUGAUGGCUCCUGCAGACAAUAAUGAUGUUCAAAUCUGCUUGGACUUAGAAUCAGCAAACAAACCAUUUGCCUAACUGGAGAUAACAAGAGUAAUCCACAGACUUAAAACAUGAGCUCAGAUGCCAGCCAAGGCGUGAUUACCACUCCCCCUCCUCCCAGCAUUCCUCACAAAGAGAGAUAUUUUGACCGCAUCAAUGAAAAUGACCCAGAAUACAUUAGGGAGAGGAAUAUGUCUCCUGAUCUACGACAAGACUUCAACAUGAUGGAGCAGAGGAAACGAGUUACUCAGAUCCUGCAAAGUCCUGCCUUUCGGGAAGACUUGGAAUGCCUUAUUCAAGAACAGAUGAAGAAAGGCCACAACCCAACUGGAUUACUAGCAUUACAACAGAUUGCAGAUUACAUCAUGGCCAAUUCUUUCUCGGGUUUUUCUUCACCUCCCCUCAGUCUUGGCAUGGUCACACCUAUCAAUGACCUUCCUGGUGCAGAUACAUCCUCAUAUGUGAAGGGAGAAAAACUUACUCGCUGUAAACUUGCCAGCCUGUAUAGACUUGUAGACUUGUUUGGAUGGGCACACCUGGCAAAUACCUAUAUCUCAGUAAGAAUAAGUAAGGAGCAAGACCACAUUAUAAUAAUUCCCAGAGGCCUAUCUUUUUCUGAAGCUACAGCCUCCAAUUUGGUAAAAGUCAAUAUAAUAGGAGAAGUGGUUGACCAGGGAAGUACCAAUUUGAAAAUUGACCAUACAGGAUUCAGUCCCCAUGCUGCGAUCUAUUCAACACGUCCUGAUGUUAAGUGUGUGAUACACAUCCAUACCCUUGCAACAGCAGCUGUAUCCUCCAUGAAAUGUGGGAUCCUUCCCAUUUCUCAAGAGUCUCUUAUUCUGGGAGAUGUUGCCUAUUAUGACUACCAAGGGUCACUUGAAGAACAGGAGGAGAGAAUUCAGCUGCAGAAAGUUCUGGGGCCAAGUUGUAAGGUGCUGGUACUCAGGAAUCAUGGUGUGGUUGCACUUGGAGAAACAAUUGAGGAGGCUUUUCAUUAUAUUUUUAAUGUGCAGCUAGCCUGUGAGAUUCAGGUACGGGCCCUAGCAGGGGCAGGUGGAGUGGACAAUCUCCACAUACUGGACUUUCAGAAGUAUAAAGCUUUCACUUACACUAUAGCAGCGUCUGGUGGAGGAGGUGUGAAUAUGGUUUCCCAUCAAAAAUGGAAGGUUGGCGAAAUUGAGUUUGAAGGGCUUAUGAGGACUCUGGACAACUUGGGGUAUAGAACAGGCUAUGCUUACAGGCAUCCUCUCAUUCGAGAGAAGCCUAGGCACAAGAGUGAUGUGGAAAUCCCAGCAACUGUGACUGCCUUUUCCUUUGAAGACGAUACGGUGCCACUCUCUCCUCUCAAAUACAUGGCACAGAGGCAACAGCGUGAAAAAACAAGAUGGCUGAACUCACCAAAUACUUACAUGAAAGUGAAUGUGCCUGAGGAGUCUCGGAACGGAGAAACCAGUCCCCGAACCAAAAUCACGUGGAUGAAAGCGGAAGACUCAUCUAAAGUUAGUGGUGGAACACCUAUCAAAAUUGAAGAUCCAAAUCAGUUUGUUCCUUUAAACACAAACCCGAAUGAGGUACUAGAAAAGAGAAAUAAGAUUCGGGAACAAAAUCGAUAUGACUUGAAAACAGCAGGACCACAAUCUCAGUUGCUUGCUGGAAUUGUUGUGGAUAAGCCACCUCCUACUAUGCAGUUUGAAGAUGAUGAUCAUGGCCCACCGGCUCCUCCUAACCCAUUUAGUCAUCUUACAGAAGGAGAACUUGAAGAGUAUAAGAAGACAAUCGAACGUAAACAACAAGGCUUAGAAGAUGCUGAGCAGGAAUUACUCUCAGAUGAUGCUUCAUCUGUUUCACAAAUUCAGUCUCAAACUCAGUCACCGCAAAAUGUCCCUGAAAAAUUAGAAGAAAACCAUGAGCUGUUUUCCAAGAGCUUCAUCUCCAUGGAAGUGCCUGUUAUGGUAGUAAAUGGCAAGGAUGAUAUGCAUGAUGUUGAAGAUGAGCUUGCUAAGCGAGUAAGUAGGUUAACCACAAGUACAACCAUAGAAAACGUCGAGAUUACUAUUAAGUCUCCAGAGAAAAUCGAAGAAGUCCUGUCACCUGAAGGCUCCCCUUCAAAAUCGCCGACCAAGAAAAAGAAGAAAUUCCGCACUCCUUCUUUUCUGAAAAAGAACAAAAAAAAGGAGAAAGUUGAGGCUUAAAUAAAGUCUUUUUAUAAUUAUUAUUAUAACAAUGUGACAUUGCACAUUUAAAUACCACAUUUAAGUUGAUCAUUAAUAUGCAUUGGUAGAUCAGAUUGGGGGAUAUAGCAAACUGGACUUUAAGAACUGGAAAGAGGCUUUACAAAAUAAAAACUUUCAGAUUCAUCUCUCAUUUUAUAUGUCCAAAAAUGGCUUUGAAUUUUAAGCAAUUACUAUUUUAAUUAGCUCUGCCCUCAUGAAGUAUUAUUAUAAUUCACCGUAAACAGAUAUCUGUCUGAAUUACUUCAGGCCUUCUCCAUAAUAUCUGUUAGAAAGAAAUUGCCAGUGAGCAAGUGAGAAUUUUUAUUUCUCAAUACUUGCUUCACUUGGUUAAUCAGAUUAUAAUUUUUUAUCAUGAUUAUUGACUGUAUUUUUGGAGUCCCAUUGUUUCAAUGGGCAUUAACAGAAUGCUUUAAAAGCUUCUAAGACAAGAAUCUAUAGCAUUAGUAUACACUGGCACAUAAUUUUUUAAAAAGUUAUAAGAAAAGAUUCAUUUGGAAUUUUAUUCACAGUAUAAAAUUUCCUCACCUGAAGUAACUUUGUUUGCCAAAAAAGUUGUUUUAAUAAACUAUAAUUUUUGAAAACUUCCUUUUUUAUUAGUUUAGAAAGCCCCUUAUUUUUCAACAAAGGGGAUUUUGUACACAUAACAUGGGUUAUUUAGUUUACUCUGGAAAAAAAACCACAAUUUUUGUAUGUUGAUGUUUGUAUACCAUUCAGUAUAAAAGUGUCCUAAGCAUAUUAGCCAGUCUUUUCACAGUAGAGCAUACUUAAGGCUGCUUGGUACUGAGUAUACUUAAAUAUAACUCAAGAAUCCAGGGACCUGGUGUCAAAACAGGAUUAGAGCAUAUAAAGGUACAUCUAGAUUCAUAUUUGAAUCUUAUACUGUAUUUUUCUCUUAGUAUUGCUAAUGAGUAAAGAAAAGUCUCAUAAGGUAGCCAAAUGAAAAAGAAUGAAGGGGAAAGUGAAAAAUUAAGGGAACAAAAGAUGGGAUGUGAAAAGAAGAAUUCUAGUUUGAUAGUGACUCAUAUUCACGAUAGGAUACAAAGUGUGAUUUGUUGGAAACAUGUCCCAAAUUUCUAAAAUUCUGUUUCUCUGCCAAAAGCAAUGUCUUUCUUGGUUGAUAUUUGAGUUUUAAAAGGAUCAAAUCUUUCUAACCUUGUGUAUUUUUAGAGGGCAGCACUAGAAGAAGUCAGCAGGUCUAAUCCCACAAAUAAGAAAAGUACCACUUCUUGAUUUUUACAGAUUAAAAAAAAUCUUUUCAGUUAACUUUCUUUUUAAUGUAAAUACAAAUUUAAACCUAGGCUUAAUAUAGGCUUUUCCCCUUUCACCCAAUUGAUGUCAGUUCGAUGCAAAAUCAAUGAUCCAGAAUGAUCAGUGGGUAAAAAUAAUUCAAAGUGUUUCUUGAGGGUGAGUUGGCAUGCAAAAAAUUACAUUGAUUACAGUGUGUUUUGGAGCUGGCUCUGUUUGACUGCGUGCAUAUGAUAAUGCGGAGUUGAGCCAGAGCCUGGAAAUGUCAUUCUAGAUCUCAAUAACUACUGGAAUCAGUGUUUUAAUCUCUUGGUGGAAACUCUCAGUUGCUUAACUCUCUAUUGGAAGAUUUUUUUAAUGUUCUACAUCAUUUAUGUUGUAUUACGAUGUAUGUAGAGACAGUAACCUGUGAACUAUGCUUUUCCAUAACUUUUUGAAAAUAUAUAUAUCUAAAUGAAUGCAAUGUGCAUAAAUAUUUUUUAAACACAACAGUGAACUAUUGCACCUUUUGCUAAUGCCUCUAUUUACUUGCUUUGGCAUAAAGAAUGAGCCAGUGAACCUCUGUGUCCUGUGGAAAAAUGUAUAAAUGUUAUCUGAUAUUGCUCUUAGAUGUAAUGCUAAUUAAUGUUAAAUCACAAAUAAACAGUAUUUUAAAUAUA